GGGAGCGGACAGGACAUCAAGUGCCCCGUUGGCUACUUCCCCUGUGGCAAUAUCAGCAAGUGCUUGCCUCAGUUUCUGCAGUGUAACAGUGUGGAUGACUGUGGGAAUCAGGCCGAUGAAGACAACUGCGGAGACAACAAUGGAUGGGCUUUGCAACUGGAAAAAUAUUUGGCUGGUUCCUACAAAAUGACUCCCCCAUAUCCCUUUGAGGCAGAAACAUCUGAAUGCCCUUUUCAUUUCUUUCUUUUCAUCACCCUCCUCUUCCUGGUCCCUCACUGUCAUUACUUCUUACCACUUCCUCUUUAUUCAGUGCUUGGUUCUGUGCCCACGCAAUGUUUUUGCCGAGGUCUAGAGCUUCACUGUGAUGAAACCAAUUUACAAGCUGUUCCAUCAGUUUCUUCAAAUGUGACUGUAAUGUCACUUCAGUGGAACUUAAUAAGAAAACUUCCUCCUGAUGGCUUUAAAAAGUACCAUGAUCUUCAGAAGCUUUUCCUGCAAAACAAUAAGAUUAGAUCCAUAUCUAUCUCUGCUUUCAGAGGACUGCACAGCCUCACUAAACUGUAUCUCAGUCAUAACAGAAUAACCUUCCUGAAGCCGGGUGUUUUUGAAGAUCUCCACAGACUAAAAUGGCUGGUAAUUGAAGAUAAUCACCUCAGUCGAAUUUUCCCAGUAACGUUUUAUGGACUAAAUUCUCUUAUUCUCUUAGUGCUGCUGAAUAAUGUCCUCACCCAUCUGCCUGAUAAACCUUUUUGUCAGUACAUGCCAGAACUACUUUGGCUGGACUUCGAAGACAACCAUAUCCAGAAUUUAAGAAAUUCAACUUUCAUUUCCUGCAGUCAUUUAACUGUUUUGGUCCUGAGGAAAAACAAAAUUAAUCACUUAAAUGAAAAUCCUUUUGCACCUCUCCAAAAACUGAAUGAAUUGGAUUUAGGAAGUAACAAGAUUGAAAAUCUUCCACCAAAUGUAUUUAAGGAUCUGAAGGAGCUGUCACAAUUGAAUCUUUCCUAUAACCCAAUCCAGAAAAUUCAAGCAAACCAAUUUGAUUAUCUUGUCAAACUCAAGUCUCUCAGCCUAGAAGGAAUUGAGAUUUCAAAUAUCCAGCAAAGGAUGUUUAGCCCUCUUAUGAAUCUCUCUCACAUAUAUUUUAAGAAAUUCCAGUACUGUGGAUAUGCACCACAUGUUCGCAGCUGUAAACCAAACACCGAUGGAAUUUCAUCUCUAGAGAAUCUCUUGGCAAGCAUUAUUCAGAGAAUAUUUGUGUGGGUUGUAUCCGCAGUUACCUGCUUUGGAAACAUUUUCGUCAUUUGUACAAGACCUUAUAUCAGGUCUGAGAACAAGCUGCAUGCCAUGUCAAUCAUUUCUCUCUGCUGUGCUGACUGCCUAAUGGGUAUAUAUUUAUUUUUGAUUGGAGCCUUUGACUUAAAGUUUCGUGGAGAAUACAAUAAGCAUGCACAGCUAUGGAUGGACAGUACUCACUGUCACUUUGUGGGAUCUUUGGCCAUUCUGUCCACAGAAGUAUCAGUUUUACUUUUAACAUUCCUGACACUGGAAAAAUACAUCUGCAUUGUAUAUCCUUUUAGAUAUUUAAGACCUAGAAAAUGCAGAACAAUUACAUUUUUGACUCUCAUUUGGAUUACUGGGUUUAUAGUGGCUUUUAUUCCAUUGAGCAAUAAGGAAUUUUUCAAAAAUUAUUAUGGCACCAAUGGAGUAUGUUUCCCUCUUCAUUCAGAAGAUAAAGAAAGUACGGGAGCCCAGAUUUAUUCAGUGGCAAUUUUUCUUGGUAUUAACUUGGCAGCAUUUAUCAUCAUAGUUUUUUCCUAUGGAAGCAUGUUUUACAGUGUUCAUCAAAGUGCCAUAUCAACGGCUGAAAUACGGAAUCAAGUUAAAAAAGAAAUGAUUCUUGCCAAACGUUUUUUCUUUAUUGUAUUUACUGAUGCAUUGUGCUGGAUCCCCAUUUUUGUACUGAAAUUUCUUUCACUACUUCAGGUAGAAAUACCAGGCACCAUAACCUCUUGGGUAGUGAUUUUUAUUCUGCCUAUUAACAGUGCUUUGAACCCAAUUCUCUAUACUCUGACCACAAGACCAUUCAAAGAAAUGAUCCAUCAGUUUUGGUAUAAACAUAGACAAAGAAGAUCUAUUGAUAGCAAAGGAAGUCAAAAAACAUAUGCUCCAUCGUUCACCUGGGCAGAAAUGUGGCCACCGCAGGAAAUGUCACUUGAGUUAAUGAAACCGGAUGUUUUCACAGACCCCUGUGAAAUGUCACUAAUUUCUCAAUCAUCUAGACUCAAUUCUUAUUCAUAA